GUCACUUUAUGUGUGUUUCAAUAUUGAUGGGACUCUUUGCCUAUAAAAGGCCAAGUCUCCAAGACAGAGUUAAUUAAGUUGUGUGAGUUGGAACAUCAAAGGGAAAAGACAUCCUUAGUAUUCUCUCUAGUUACCCAUCUUUCAUUUUGUCAUUUUCUUGGGGAAAUUAAAAAAAGAACAUGGAGGGGAAGAUGAGUUGGACCUCUUCUGAUGCUGUGGACUACAAAGGUUUUCCUGCUAAUAAGUCCAAAACUGGUGGUUGGCUACCCGCAGCUCUUAUCCUUGGGGUUGAAAUAAGUGAAAGGCUGUCGACAAUGGGAAUAGCAGUUAACUUGGUGACAUAUUUGACCGGAACAAUGCAUUUGCCUAGUUCAUCUUCAGCCAAUAUUGUAACAGAUUUUAUGGGCACAUGUUUUCUAUUGUGUUUGCUUGGAGGCUUUUUGGCAGAUUCCUUCCUUGGAAGAUACAAGACAAUUGCAAUCUUUGCUACUAUACAAACACUGGGCACUGUUUCCUUAGCAAUAUCAACAAAAAUACCACAGCUACAGCCACCUCCUUGUGACGGCGGUGCAGGGGCAGGCUGCCAACCGGCCAACGGAUUUCAAAUGGGAAUUCUUUACUUAGCCUUAUAUCUUAUUGCACUCGGAACCGGUGGGCUUAAAUCAAGUGUUUCAGGCUUUGGAACUGACCAGUUUGAUGAUAAAGAUGAGAAGGAGAAAGCUCAAAUGGCUUACUUCUUCCAGAGAUUCUUCUUCUUCAUUAGCACAGGAACCUUAAUGGCUGUGACAGUACUUGUAUACUUACAAGAUGAAGUGGGCAGGAGCUGGGCCUAUGGGAUUUGUUCUGUUUCAAUGUUAAUCUCAAUCAUAAUACUAUUAUCCGGGACUAAAAAAUACAGGUACAAAAAGAGCAUGGGGAGUCCUAUAGUUCACAUUUUCCAGGUUUUUGCGGCCUCUUUCAAGAAGAGAAAGAUGUCUGGUCCUUUCAAUAUUGCCAUGCUGUAUGAGGAUGCUCCUAUGGAAGCCAAAAUCGCUCACACCGAACAAUUUCGUUUCUUGGACAAGGCUGCAAUAGUGGUAGAAGGAGACUUUGAGCAAAAUGUUAGUAGCAGUGCUCCUAAUCCAUGGAAGCUAUGCUCAGUGACUAAGAUUGAGGAGGUGAAGAUGAUGAUAAGACUACUUCCAAUAUGGGCUACAACCAUCUUAUUUUGGACCACUUAUGCUCAGAUGAUUACCUUCUCUGUUGAACAAGCAGCUACCAUGAAACGAAACUUAGGAAGUUUCCAAGUCCCUGCUGGUUCUCUCACUGUCUUCUUUGUGGCAGCCAUAUUGAUCACUCUCGCUGUUUAUGACCGUUUUAUCAUGCCUUAUUGGAAGAAAUUGAAAGGCAAACAAGGUUUCAGCAGCCUUCAGAGAAUCGCCAUAGGGCUUGUUCUGUCGACCUUGGGAAUGGCGGUGGCCGCAUACUCGGAGAUGAAACGGUUGUCAGUGGCAAAAUCGAUGGCUGGCCGCGGCGGAGGAGAAGAUCUUCCCAUAAGUGUGUUCAUUCUAAUCCCUCAGUUUUUUUUGGUGGGGUCAGGAGAGGCCUUCAUAUACACAGGCCAACUAGACUUCUUCAUAACACAAUCUCCCAAAGGCAUGAAAACCAUGAGCACUGGCCUCUUCCUUACCACCCUCUCGCUCGGUUUCUUCGUCAGCAGCUUCUUGGUCUCUGUGGUCAAAAAAGUCACCGGAGGCAACGGUGGCCAGGGUUGGCUUGCCGACAACAUAAACGACGGUAGACUUGACUUGUUUUAUGGACUUUUGACAAUUUUGGGUAUCGUAAAUUUUGUUGCUUAUUUAGUUUGUGCAAAGUGGUACAAACCGAAGAAUAAGGCUAAUAACAAACAGGCUCAGAUGUCUGCCGUGAAUGGGAAUGGUAGUGUUGAUAAUUGCUAGCCAAUAAUGAUCGUGAAAUUAGGCAUGAUGGAGUAGUAGUUGGUUAAUUAUAAAUACGUUCUAUGUUACGAGGGCUUAUGUUUUUUAGCCAAGUGGUAGUCAUGUUUGUACAAAUAAUCAGUUGGGGUUUGGGGUGUGGUUUUUUUUUAUCAUCUGAUCAUCAAUGUGUGAUCAAUAUCAUGCAUCUGUACCUUUCUUAAAUUGAUCUACAAUGAAAUUACAGUUAGUUUUUUCCUCUUCAA